AUGUCUAGUACCAGAUCGUUCCAAAUUCAAGAGGCUCGGGAAUGGUAUGAGGUAGCAGCAAUUUUGUGCAGGUUUACGCCGGACAGUCCACAAGAGAAGGUAAGCCCUCCAGGAAGGGCAGAGUAUCCUCAACUAAUUAUCCUCCAGAUUCGGCUAGCAUAUGAAGAGUUGUUGAGUCGUUCUAAUGGCAUUAAUAAACCAAC